UGCUAUGUCCGUUUCUUGUCAUCUAUGGGUCUCCCUCUCCCUCCCACGGCCGGCCGGCCUGGCUUGCCCAACAUUGUACAAAACAAACGUAAAACAUUAUAAAUUUUUUAACCCAAAAAGCAAUUCUUCCUCAAUUUUCCUGCCCCUUUCCUUUCCUGGUUCACCCAUUAUCUGCUUCCACUUUGUAAUUCUAUACUACACACUCCCCUCUCGAUUCUGCUGUCUUUUUUCUUUUUGUUUUUCUGUGGGGCUGUGACUUUGUUCGAGAUGAACGAUUUGCUCACGGACUCGUUCGUUAGCAAUGUCAAAGAUCAGGCUUCCAAAGAAAUUGAUCUCGAAAAGGGAACACGAGUUCUGCAGGGAAAUUCUGACAUGGGAACGGAGGCUUUCAAUAAGCAGGUACAAGAUAUUGAGAUACAAGUAGAUAAGCUCUCUGGGCUUCUUAUUAAACUAAAGGAUGCCAACGAGGAAUCAAAGUCUGUUACAAAAGCAUCAGAGAUGAAAGCUAUCAAGAAGCGGAUGGAAAGGGAUGUCGAUGAAGUGGGAAAAAUCGCGCGUAAUGUCAAAGGGAAGCUGGAAGUUAUAAAUAAAGAUAACUUAACAAAUAGGCAGAAGCCGGGAUGCGAGAAGGGAACAGCUAUCGACAGAGCAAGAAUGAACGUGACAAAUGCCUUGACAAAAAAGUUCAAGGAUCUGAUGAUAGAAUUUCAGACCCUUCGUCAAAGAAUUCAAGAUGAGUAUCGCGAAGUUGUGGAAAGACGAGUGAUUACAGUUACGGGUACCAAACCAGACGAGACGAUGAUUGAUCACCUGAUAGAAACUGGAAACAGUGAGCAAAUAUUUCAGAACGCGUUUGAACAAAUGGGACGAGGACAGGUCAUCAGUGCUGUGGAAGAAAUUCAAGAGCGACACGACGCAGUUAAAGAAAUUGAGAAAAGGCUCUCGGAAUUGCAUCAGAUAUACCUUGACAUGGCAGUUUUAGUGGAGUCCCAAGCUGAAAUUUUGGAUAACAUUGAAAAUCAGGUGACGAACGCAGUCGACCAUGUUCGGUCAGGGACUGAUGCACUCCAGACAGCAAAGAGCUUGCAAAGGAAAUCAAGAAAAUGCAUGAUGAUUUCCAUCAUUCUGCUCCUGGUUAUUGCAAUCAUAAUCGUCCUCUCAGUUUUGAAGCCGUGGAAGAAGUAAAUGGUGGCAAUGGCACUAGAAAAGUGAACUCAGUUUCACUGCUAGUAGAGAUCUUCAGCUCCUUCACCUUACAAAUUUUAAUUCUAUAGAUAUAUAUAUUUUGUUUUCUGAAUUCAUAGAAGCAAAGCCAGAAUGUG